UUUUAACACUCUGCUACUUCCUGUAGUCUCUUCUUUACUUGUUCUCUUCCGUCUGCCGUUCGAUUGAAAGGCAUAAUUUUUGGGAUAACUUUGACGUUGAGAAAACAGAGUAAAAAUGAGUGCGUGGAGACAAGCUGGACUCAACUAUAUCAAUUACUCACAGAUUGCUGCUAAGCUUGUUCGCCAAGCUUUGAAACCGCAGUUUAAAGCUGAUGCCCUCAAGCGGGACACCUCCGCAGUGAAGUUUACACAGUGGAAGGAUGGCAAGGCUAUCACUGAUAAAUACUAGAUUCGUCGAUACAGUCAUAAAUAAAUGGAGCCAUGUCACGAUAGAAAAGUUCAUCGGAUGAGUAAAUGUUAAUAAAAGUAAUUUAUGUAAGAUAAUACCAAUCGAUGUAAAAUAAACACAUCUUCGUACA